AUGCCUUUGCCCGUGCAAGUCUUUAACUUUCAGGGGUCUGUGGAGCCCAUGCAGAUUGAUGCAGACCCACAGGAAGACCAGCAGAAUGCCCCAGACACCAACUACAUAGUGGAGAACCCAACACUGGACCUGGAGCAGUAUGCGACCAGCUACAGUGGAUUAAUGCGAAUUGAGAGGCUUCAGUUCAUUGCUGAGCACUGCCCUCAGCUCCGAGUGGAAGCCCUGAAGAUGGCCCUCACCUUCGUCCAGAGGACUUUCAAUGUCGACACUUAUGAAGAGAUCCACCGCAAACUCACAGAGGCCACACGGGAGGUGCAGGGUGUGCCGGAUACAGUACCUGAAGGUGGGGCUGUUCCUCCUCCUCUUGACUCAGCCUGGGCCGAGUCCACUAGGAAAAAGGCUCUGCUCAAACUGGAGAAACUGGACACCGAUCUCAAGAACUACAAAGGAAACUCCAUUAAAGAGAGCAUCAGGAGAGGCCAUGAUGACUUGGGGGACCAUUACCUAGACUGUGGUGAUCUAAGUAACGCCCUCAAGUGCUACUCCCGAGCCAGAGACUACUGUACCAGUGCUAAGCAUGUCAUCAACAUGUGUCUGAAUGUCAUCAAGGUUAGCGUUUACCUCCAGAACUGGUCCCAUGUAUUGAGCUACGUCAACAAAGCAGAAUCCACGCCAGAAAUAGCAGAGCAAAGAGGAGAGCGAGAUAGCCAAAAUCAAGCAGUCCUCACCAAAUUAAAAUGUGCUGCAGGCCUGGCAGAGUUGGCCUCACGCAAAUAUAAACCAGCUGCCAAGUGCUUCCUGCAGGCUUCUUUUGACCACUGUGACUGUCCAGAGCUCCUGUCACCCAGUAACGUAGCUGUGUACGGAGGCUUGUGCGCUUUGGCCACGUUUGACCGACAGGAGCUCCAACGUAACGUCAUCUCCAGCAGCUCCUUCAAGUUAUUUCUAGAGUUGGAGCCUCAGAUCCGCGACAUCAUCUUCAAGUUCUAUGAGUCCAAGUACGCGUCCUGUCUCAAGCUGCUGGAUGAAAUGAAGGAUAACCUCCUGUUGGACAUGUACCUGGCCCCACAUGUCAAAACUCUGUACAGCCAGAUCAGGAACAGAGCCCUCAUUCAGUAUUUCAGCCCGUACGUGUCAGCAGACAUGACGAAGAUGGCGCAGGCCUUCAACACCACAGUAGCAGCUCUGGAAGAUGAGCUCACCCAACUCAUACUGGAGGGGCUUAUCAAUGCACGGAUCGACUCCCAUAGCAAGAUUCUCUAUGCGAGGGAUGUGGAUCAGAGGAGCACCACGUUUGAGAAGUCACUCCAUAUGGGCAAAGAGUUCCAGAGACGAGCCAAAGCGAUGAUCCUCCGAGCCGCUGUGCUGCGCAACCAGAUCCAUGUCAAGUCACCGCCUAGAGAAGGCAGCCAGGGUGAAUUGACACCAGCCAACAGCCAGACCAGGAUGAGCACCAACAUGUGAGGAGGACGUCCUCUUCAAAGUCUGCAUGCUGACUCUGCUGGCACCAGUGGCAGACUCCAGGGGAAGGAUCACUCAAAGGAUCACUCGAUUGAUCAUCACCACCAACUCCCUAACCCCUGCUCAAGACAGAAAUGACACAAAAUGUAAAGACUUUAAUGUUUUGAAGUGAUCUCUGUUGUUCCACUGAGACGAUGCAGGCAAAAAAUUCUUUUGUUAGUCUGUACAUCUGGAGAUCUGAAGUGUUUUGAUGAAAACUCAGUACUUAAGCUGCACGUUAUUGGUAGGAGAUGCACUUUGCUCUGCUUACACGAUGGAGGCCUCGUUAACCCAAACAAUGUUUUAAAAUAAAAAUGCCUACAAAAACAU